AGGUAAAUGGAGAACUGAUAGGCAAAGGAACACUGACAUGAUAAAGUGUUAAAGUUGUAACAUCACUAGUUGUAGUUAAUUGUGCAAUAGUUAACAAAAUGAGAAAAUUAAAAUCCAGUGUUUAUACCAUCGAAAAUAAUACUAAAAGUAGAGAUACUCAGAUUGAACAUAAUGCUGAUUUCGAAACUGCUAUAGCAAAGACGGAAUUUGGGAAGUUUCACUUUUUGCUCUAUUUCGUAUCACUUCCUGCAGCAAUUACAACUCAAUUCGAGGUCACAAACAUGUCUUAUAUUUUUGCACCAGCCCACUGUGAUUUAGAACUCUCUUUAGAAAACAAAGGACAACUCAACGCUAUUACGUAUCUGGGAAUUUGCUCUAGUGCUUUUCUGGGAGGAUUUCUUUCGGAUAAGUUUGGAAGAAGAAGAGUUUGUACAAUUCUAUAUACAAUGGCUGGUAUUAAUGUCCUCUUCUAUUCGACUUCUCGAGCAUAUCCAACUCUUCUUGUUCUAAAAUACAUAGGCGGGUUUCUGGUUGGUGGACCGUAUUCCGCUCUAUUGCCAUAUUUAAGCGAAUUCCAUGACAAAACUCGAAGAGGUAAAAUGACUUAUGUGAUGGGAUUUUUUCACGCAAUAGGAAAUGUAAUAUUACCUAUACUAGCAUGGGCUGUUUUUCCAAUCGAUGUUGACUUCAGAGUUGGUAAUUUAAUAGUUAUCCAUUCAUGGAAUCUUUUUCUCUUAUGUUGUGGUAUUCCUGGCUUGUUAGGAGGAUUAAUGUUUUAUUUUAUGCCAGAAAGUCCGAAAUUUCUGAUGACAGCUGGAAAAAAUGAAGAAGCCAUAAAAGUUUUUCAAACAAUCUAUUCUAUUAAUACUGGACUACCGAAGGAAAAUUAUCCAGUACAAUCACUAGUAGAUGAAGUUAAAGCAAACGGUGCUGUUAAUGAAAUUCAAAGAAAGGAAAGCAAGCUUCAAACAUUUAAAAGGGGUCUACAAUUAAUGCUUUCCGUAUUUAAACCUCCUUAUACUAUUAAACUAUUUCUGGGAUUGACAAUACAAUUUGGUAUUAUGUGUGGAUUAAAUACGCUGAGACUUUGGCUGCCAGAACUGUACGCAACGAUAAACGAAUAUCAAACAACCAACCCAAAUUCAUCAGCCAGUUUAUGCGAGAUGCUCGAAUUUUCAGCCUACAUUAAAAGCGAGAAUAAUUCCACAGUAGAAGAAAAGUGCAUUGUCGGUCAACUGAAUGAUGUCUUUUACAUAAGAAAUGUUAUAGUCGCAGUAUCGGCCAUGAUGGGAUCCGUUGUCGCCGUAAUAAUCAUUAAUAGAGUCGGGAAAAAAAAUUUGUUCGUUCUAUGUGGUAUAUGUGGAGGACUUUCUGGUUUUAGUCUUUAUUAUGCGAAUACCGUACCUAUGAUUGUUGUACUAUCUUCUAUCAAUCAAUCGUUUACGUCUGUGGGAACCUUGACGAUUCUUGGAAUAACUGUUGAUAUAUUCCCAACACAACUACGAACAAUGACAGUGGCACUGAUAUCUUCAUCUGGGAGAAUAGGAGCAAUGUUUGGAAAUAUAAUAUUUCCUUAUCUUCUAAACGAGGGAUGUCUUCCACCAUUCCUCUUCAUAAGCGCAGCAAUUUUUGCUAGUGCAGUGUUGGUCGUAUUUCUUCCCAAGACAGACAUGAAGUCCCUGGAAUAAUUCCACUAAGAAUCCUAG